UUCUUCAUUCAUGCCGCAACCAACAGGUGAACACACACUCUCUCUCGGUCUGACACAUACAAUAAAAUACGAUUCCAUUUUUGUCCUCCCCUUUUCCAAUUACUACCACCCAACCAAGAAAAGAAAGGGGCACAAUUCAUGGAGGUUCCGGUAGGGUUGAUAGCGAAGCUAUGGAGCUUCGUUUCAUUUCUACCCUUCUUCCUCUUGCUCUUCAUCCUCGGCCUUCUCAAAGCGGCAAUCAUCUGUCCAGUUGUAGGGGGCAUUAUUGUGAUUGGAAAUUCAGCAGUAAUUAUUGGCCUUUGGCCUGCACAUUUUUUCUGGACUUACUACUGCGUGGCAAAAACCAAAAGGCUUGGACUAGUUUUGAAGAUUUUGGUGCUAGUGUUAUUACCAGUGCCUUUAGUCCUUUGGCCAAUCAUUGGGAUUGUCGGAAGCCUGCUGGGCGGGAUAGCAUAUGGGUUUUUUGCUCCUCUUCUUGCAACUUUUGAGGCUGUUGGACAGAAUGUCACUGACAAAUUAUUUCAUUGCUUUGCCGAUGGUUGUCUAUCCACUCUUAAGGGUAGCUGCACCGUGGUACGGGAUCUGACUGAUUUUUGCUUCCACUCUUAUUUCUCCUAUAUGGAUGAACUGAGUGAGGAAGUACCUGCAGAUGAGAAGCCUAUGGAUAUCAAGUUAUCAAAGCUUCCAAGCUGUUUGUUGCUUUCCCUACUUGGCGUGCUGGUGGAUGUGCCUAUGAUUACUGCUGUUGCUCUUUGGAAAAGCCCAUGCAUGCUGUUCAAAGGAUGGAAGAGGAUGUUAGAAGACUUGAUCGGAAGAGAAGGACCAUUCUUGGAGACAGUAUGUGUCCCAUUUGCCGGUCUUGCCAUCAUCUUGUGGCCUUUGGCUGUAGUGGGAGCUGUAAUAAGUGCCUUCAUCUCCAGCUUCUUCCUAGGAUUCUAUGGUGGAGUCAUUGCCCAUCAAGAAGACUCGCUUGGGAUGGGACUCGCAUACAUCAUGGCAGUAAUUUCACUAUUUGAUGAGUAUACAAAUGAUUUACUUUACCUAAGGGAGGGAUCCUGCUUUCCCAGGCCCAGAUACCGCAGAAACAUGAGCACUACUGACAGCCUUGAGAGAAUAAAGUCGCUAGAAAAUGACAAAAAUGACCAGAAUAAUGGGAGAGAUGGCUCCUACAAUUCAAAGCUGGUUUCAGAAAGAUCAAGAACAUUAAAGUGGUCUAUCCAACAAUAUGCGCCUAUACAGGUAUGGGAUUGGCUGUUUAAAUCCUGCGAGGUGAAUGGUAGGAUACUCCUUCGCGAUGGUCUGAUAGAUGUCAAAGACAUUGAAGAAUGUAUUCUGAAGGGUAAUUGUAAGAAGUUAGGCAUUAAACUACCUGCUUGGUGCAUUUUACAGUGUCUUCUUGCAUCGGCAAAGUCUGACUCUUCUGGUUUGUUAAUCUCUGAUGAAGUGGAAUUGACAAAGACUAACGCUCCAAGGGAUAAAGUGUUUGAGUGGUUCAUUGGGCCGCUUUUAACAAUGAAGGAGCAAAUAAAGACACUCCAUUUAGAUGAAAAUGAAGAAAUCUGUCUGAGAAAUCUGAUUAUGGGGUGCAAGAAUGAGAAACCAGAGGAGUGGGAUAACACUGGAUUCCCAUCUAGUGACAACGUCAGAAGAGCACAAUUGCAGGCCAUAAUUAGGAGACUACAGGGAAUUGUUGGUUCAAUGUCACGGAUGCCGACCUUCAGACGGCGCUUCAGGAAUUUGGUGAAAGUGUUGUGCUUGGAGGCCAUUCAGCGUGGAAUCUUAUCAGACGAUCGUGUUGUUGAAAGCUUAAAAUCCAGAUACGGGAAAACCUUUAAUGGAAAUGAGGAUAGAAAAGACAGAGAUGCUCCUGGAGAGAGGAGCGGACGCGGGGCAUUCGAUAAUGGAAAUAUAGUAUGACUUGUAUUGUAUUUUUAUAAUUCUCUACAGCUUUGUGUACCUUAGCAGGAAAAACAGUUUUGUAAGUUUUGUUUGAUUAGGAAAGGACAGUCAUUUUGAAGUUGGAAUUUAGUUCUAAUUAGGCAGAAGUGAGAAGAUCCAUUAGUUUUGAAAUAACAUGUUCCCUCUUAUUUCUUUUGUUUUCAACUUCUAGAAUCUAGAGUAUGAUGAGUAUCUUCUGUGUUGUUUACUUAACAAUUGAUAGCUGAGCUGUCAAACCAUCAUUUUAAAGGGUGCGCACGAAAUGAGAUGAACACAGAAGGUGUAAGAAGGGUUACUUGUCUCACAUCGAAUCCGAAUAGAAAAGUGAUUAGAUAUAAAUGAGUGGAUAUACAAUAAUAUUUAAUAGCUUAAGUUUUUAG